GACAGCCUACUAUAAAAGGAGUGCUUCAAAGGACAGAAAGCUGGCAGAGGUUGAUAUUUGUCUCUGUACCAUUUUUCAUCUCCACCUCGUUCCUAACCCACAAUAACUAACCAUGGAUGAUAUUUACAAGGCAGCAGUUGAGCAGUUGACAGAUGAACAAAAAAAUGAAUUUAAAGCUGCUUUUGAUAUAUUUGUCCUGGGUGCAGAGGAUGGAUGUAUCAGCACAAAGGAGUUGGGGAAGGUAAUGCGCAUGCUGGGACAAAAUCCUACCCCUGAGGAGUUACAGGAGAUGAUUGAUGAAGUAGAUGAAGAUGGCAGUGGUACAGUAGAUUUUGAUGAAUUCUUAGUUAUGAUGGUCCGGUGUAUGAAAGAUGACAGCAAAGGAAAAUCAGAAGAGGAACUUUCAGAUCUCUUUAGAAUGUUUGAUAAAAACUCAGAUGGAUACAUAGAUCUGGAUGAACUAAAGCUCAUGUUACAGGCUACAGGAGAAACCAUCACUGAAGAUGACAUUGAGGAGCUAAUGAAGGAUGGUGAUAAAAAUAAUGAUGGCAAAAUUGACUAUGAUGAAUUCCUGGAGUUUAUGAAAGGCGUUGAGUAAACAUGAGAAAUUUUGAAGGCAGUAUCUUUAUUUGAACAUCUUCAGUGUUGUCUUUUGAUAUUUCAUCAGAUCUGCUUCUCUUAUUACUUUCAUGAAGCUAUGUUGAACUUUGUGAAAAUCAGGAAAACAUGACCCAACUCUUUUUAAGUGCCUCAAAUGGUCAGUGGACAUUGACUGAGCCAGAUUAUUAUGCAGGAUAAUAAUGCCAUACGC